AUGGAUUUUAGUGAAUUGGAAAUUUUAACACUACUUACCUGUAGCAAGUUAAAUGCUAGUUCUGAUUCUGAGAGCGAAGAAGAAACUGCAAAAGACACAGACAGUGAUAUUGAAAAGAAAACGAAUCUGAUAGAAAAGGAAACACAAAUGAGCAUUUCACAGAAUAGGAACUUCAAACAGCAAAGGCGUUUCAAUACUCAGCAGAGAAGGAAUAUAGAUAUAAUUGACAAAUUUAUUGAUUCUGAUGCAUUUGCCAAGUGCGAUUUCGAAGAUCCUAGUAUUUGUAACUUCGUACAAGACACCACGGACGAUUUUAAUUGGAAAAGAAGAUCUGCAUCAACACCUUCAGCUAAUACGGGUCCUUCAUUUGACCACACAUACGGAACUUGUAAAGGAGGUUACUACUUGCACAUCGAAGCUACAGGUCAGAAUAGCAAUGACAUCGCUCGUCUUUGGACACCGUCAUAUCCUUCAACGAACGGCCUGUGCAUCAAGUGGUUCUACCACAUGUACGGGGACUCAGUGAAUACUUUAAAUGUGUACGUAGUCGAUUCUUCAGGUAAUGUUGGUUCACCAGUGUGGACUAGAACAAACAACCAAGGAAACUUUUGGAUACUUGGACAAGUCACAGUUACAACAUCCGGUAUCUAUAAGAUGAUGUUGAAGGAAUUAGGAGAAUUGAUUUUACAGGGGACAUUAGUUUAGAUGAUGUCACGAUCACCAAUGGAGCAUGUGCCACAUGGUCCUCUGAACCUGAAGAAUAAUUUAAUGAUAGAUGGUUCGUAAGUAUUCAUGAUAAUGUCAAUGAAUGCUUUGAUUGAUUGUCGAGAAUUAUUUUAUU